CGGAGAGAGAAACGCUGGUCCGCUGGAGAGGGAGCGAACUGUCAGAAACUGAAAUUAUUUUCUUCGUCGUCCAUCUGCCGUGUGAUUCGUUCAGUGUCCGCAAGGAAACUCUUACCUUGGUGCAUAAAUUUUCCGAAAAUCACCAAAUAAAGUAUGCAGGCUGUACGUCCAUUGACCACCCUGGCUGCACGGAAUGGUGCCCUAAUUGCCCGCAGCUACCAUGGUCCGAGCAACUUCCGGGUGUUCACCAUGAACGACUUGCCUGUUCCGGAGGGUGACUUCUUCGAGGAACACCGUCGCAAGAACCGAACAUACAAUGCCGUUCUGGCCGCAGGAAUCGUUAUCUUCGGAAUCACCUUUACGAUUGCCAAGGAAUCCGGAUUGAUCUACUUCAACUACAACCCACCAAAGAGCAUCGAUUAAACUGGGGUUUGGAGUCUAAUUGCGUGAUAGAUUUGCCAGCAGCAAGCAAGUAUAAUUCAACAUAAUUAUGUGUAAAAUAAAUCGAUUGAUCUAAA